AUUUUAAUAAUGACAGAAGUGUGUGUAAUGGGUUCUACAGGAUUUUUUCAUACUUGUGGAUAAUUUAGUUAAUGUGAAUUGAAUGCUGCAACAUAAAUAUAUUCAUGUUAACAUGAUUCUCCAUUCACUCCAAAAGCUGGUAUAAUUAUUUCAUAUAUACUGACACCAAUAUUGAUUGGAAUUGGCAUUUUAGGAGGAAUGGGAGGUAUAAAUCGAGUAACUUUUUAGGAGGAGUAUUGAAAGGACCACUUUUAGAAAUGAUUCUUAAUUAUUCUUAAAGUGAAGCAACUCAUAUUGCAUACUGUCUUAUGUUUGGAGGUACACUUCUUAAUACAGUUCUAUUAAUGUUUGAAAAGUAUUGAAAUAAACAAUUUAGAAAUCCAGAUGAUGAGCGAAGACCAAUUAUAAAUUACAGAAUUGCAAUUAUCUUUAAUCUUGCAGUUCCAUUUGCCACAAACCUAGGUUCAUCAUUAUCUUCAUUUCUUCCAUAAUUAUACACUCUCAUUCUAUAAGAGUUAUUUUUAUUUGCUGUAGCUCCAAUUCUUUGGUAAAAAGGUAUUAUAUAGAAUAAUUAUGUCAAAUAGCAAAAAAUGCUAAAGAAGCAGAACUUAAAGUUAAUGAUGAUGCAUCAAAAGAUAAAACCACUAAUUUAAAUAAUUCAAAUCUUGAUCAUAAAAUAGAGUUAUAAAAUAUGGAAGGAGCAUAAGAAAAAUAUAAUUAUGAAAUUCCAGAUAGUAGAAAAGUAUCUAUAAUUUCUAAUUAAAAUUUGAACGAAUCUUUAUACUCAUAAUUUAAAUCAGAAUCAGAAAAUAUAUUACCUCCAAUGCCUAUUCUCUUUAUUUUAGGUUCAUUUGGAUUAAAUUAAGUAUAAAAUAUUAUAUAGAAUUAAGAUUUUUAUAUAAAUGAGAUCUACUAAUCCAUUAAAACCUUCUUAUGUUGGAAUUGAAGAUUGUACUUGGGAAAAUGAUAUUAUGAUAUUUGUACUAAUAGUUGCAAAUGUAUUAUAUGAUUUUUUAAUUUGGCAAUUUGGAACUAAUUAAGAGAAGUAAUUUAAUUAAAUCAAUUUUUUACCAAAUGAAAGAUAUUUUAUUCCAAUCAGUAGAUUUUUUAAAAUUUAUGCUGGUGGAUUUCUAGCAGGAUUUGUAUCUGGAUUUUUAGGAAUGGGAGCUGGAUUUGUUAUGGUUCCUACUUUAUUAUUUAGUGGUUUAAUUCCAAGAUGUGCUUCUGCAACAUCUGCAUUUAUUUAUUUAAUGAUUUCAUUAAAUAAUUUAAUAACUCUACUUACAAAUCAAUAUCUUGAUUGGUAAACCAUAGUUUUAUUUACAGGAUUAGCUGUAUUAUAUUUUAAUAUUUAAGAUAAUUGGAGGAUCAGUUUUUGCUAAAAUAGGAUAUAUUUUGUUAGGAAAAUAUAAAAUUGGAUAUUUAGUAAUUCUAAUUGUUUUUAUUCUUGAUAUAGCCAAUAUUAUUUCGUAAAUUUAUUACGGAGUUGUAUUUGGAAAAAGAUAUGGAUUAGAUUACUUAACUCAUGCAAAUAAAAAGUGUUGA